CAUAAAUGCUCAUGAUAUCAUUUAUUUUUACACCUCUAUGAACUUAAAUGACCUUAAUUAUUGUAACCAAAAAUUUUCAUCAUUUUCAUCAUAUUAUAUUCAUCAGAUUUUAAAAAUCUGUAAUAUAUAUAACUCCGCCUGUAGCUCCUCCAGGGGCUACUGCCGGUCCCAAGCCCGGGUAAAGGAGGAGGGUUGGGCAUGGGGUUAGCGACCCCAUCCCGUAGAAAAUCAACUCGCUAAAAAAACGCCAACCAGAAAAAAUCAUUCAAACCUUACAAACUCUGCCCUGGGAGUAGAAGGAAUAAUUAUGACGUCUCAUGAUGAAAGCCGAGUUCCUUCGGAAGUCAUGAGGCCGAUGCACCUUCUUACAACCAGAGUGACAAAUUUUAUAGGUACAUGGAAUGUCCGAACAAUGUGGGAGACCGGCAGAGUCUUUCAAAUUGCUGCAGAAAUGAGAAAAUACAAGCUGGAGGUGUUUGGAAUCAGCGAAACACAUUGGACGCAGGUUGGACAACAACGACUGUCUUCAGGAGAACUUCUGUUAUACUCCGGUCAUGAAGAAGAAAAUGACCCACAUACACAAGGAGUGGCACUGAUGCUGUCUAGAAAAGCACAAAAUGCACUUGUUGGAUGGGAAUCUCAUGGACCGAGGAUCAUCAAAGCCUCCUUCAGAACAAAGAGAGAGGGCAUUACAAUGAACAUCAUCCAAUGCUAUGCGCCGACCAACGACUACGAUGAAGACGCUAAAAACCAAUUCUACGAUAGGCUGCAGUCAAUCUUCGAGAAGUGCCCAACCAAGGACCUGACCAUUCUAAUGGGAGAUUUCAAUGCCAAGGUUGGAAUGGACAACACUGGAUACGAAGACGUCAUGGGACGACAUGGACUGGGAGAAAGGAACGAAAAUGGUGAGAGAUUUGCAAACCUAUGUGCCUUCAAUAAACUGGUCAUAGGUGGCACCAUAUUCCCACACAAAAACAUACACAAAGCCACUUGGAUUUCACCGGAUCACACUACACAAAAUCAAAUCAACCAUGUCUGCAUCAACAAAAAGUUCAGGAGGACGAUGGAGGAUGUGAGAACCAGAAGAGGAGCUGAUAUAGCAUCCGAUCAUCAUUUGCUGGUCGCCAAGAUGAAACUAAAACUCAAGAAGCAGUGGAAAACGGCGCGGACAACAUCACAAAAGUUUAACACGGCCUUUCUUCGAGAUGCUGACAAACUCAACAAAUUCAACAUAGCACUCAGCAACAGGUUCGAGUCCUUUCAUGAUCUACUCAAUGGAGAGGGGACUACCAUGGAGAGCAACUGGAAAGGUAUCAAGGAGGCAAUCGUUUCAACGUGUCAAGAGGUUCUGGGCCAAAAGAAGCACCAUCACAAGGAAUGGAUCACUGUUGGUACACUGGAUAAAAUUGAAGCAAGGAGGAACAAGAAGACAGCAAUCAAUAUCAGACGAACAAGAGCAGAAAAAGCCAAGGCACAAGCCGAAUACACAGAGGCAAACAAGCAAGUGAAAAGGAGCAUCAGAACCGACAAACGUAAAUAUGUGGAAGAUUUAGCGAUGACAGCGGAAAAGGCUGCAAGAGGAGGAAACAUGAAACAACUGUAUGAUACAACAAAGAAACUUGCUGGAAAUUACCGUAAGCCAGAAAGACCAGUGAAAAGCAAGGAAGGCAAAGUAAUCACCGACAUUGAAGAACAACGAAACAGGUGGGUAGAACACUUCAACGAACUCUUGAAUUGACCAGCUCCACUGAACCCACCCAACAUCGAAGCAGCACCCACAGACCUCCCAAUCGAUGUUGGCCCACCAACAUUUGAAGAGAUCAGCAUGGCCAUUAGACAAAUGAAGAGCGGCAAAGCAGCGGGAUCAGACAACAUCCCGGCAGAGGCACUGAAAGCAAAUGUACCAGCAACUGCCAAGAUACUCCACAUCCUCUUCAGUAAGAUUUGGGACGAAGAACAAGUACCAACAGACUGGAAAAAAGGACUUCUGAUCAAGAUACCAAAGAAGGGCGAUCUGAGUAAGUGCGACAACUACAGGGGCAUUACUCUCCUCUCAAUACCAGAAAAAGUCUUCAACCGAGUAUUGUUAAACAGAAUGAAGGAUUCAGUGGACGCUCAACUUCGAGAUCAACAAGCUGGAUUUCGUAAGGAUAGAUCGUGCACAGAUCAAAUCGCAACUCUACGUAUCAUUGUGGAACAAUCAAUCGAAUGGAAUUCAUCACUGUACAUCAACUUCAUCGACUACGAGAAGGCAUUUGAUAGCGUGGACAGGACGACACUAUGGAAGCUUCUUCGACACUACGGUGUGCCUGAGAAGAUAGCAAAUAUCAUACGGAACUCUUAUGAUGGACUAAACUGCCAAAUCGUCCACGGAGGACAACUCACCGACUCGUUUGAAGUAAAGACCGGUGUUAGGCAAGGUUGCCUACUCUCACCCUUUCUCUUUCUCCUCGUGAUCGACUGGAUUAUGAAGACGUCAACAUCUGAAGGAAAUCACGGAAUACAGUGGACAGGCAGGAUGCAGCUUGACGAUUUAGACUUCGCGGAUGAUCUGGCUCUUCUAUCACAAACGCAACAACAAAUGCAGGAGAAAACGACCAGUGUAGCAGCAGCCUCAGCAGCAGUAGGUCUCAAUAUAAACAAACGGAAAAGCAAGACUCUCCGAUACAAUACAAUAUGCACCAAUCAAAUUACACUUGAUGGAGAAGCUUUGGAAGAUGUAGAAACCUUUACAUAUCUGGGCAGCAUCAUUGAUGAACACGGUGGAUCAGAUGCAGAUGUGAGGGCGCGGAUCGGCAAAGCAAGAGCAGCAUACCUACAGCUGAAAAACAUCUGAAGCUCAAAACAAUUGUCAACCAACACCAAGGUUAGAAUUUUCAAUACAAAUGUCAAGACAGUUCUUCUGUAUGGGGCGGAGACGUGGAGAACUACGAAAGCCAUUAUCCAGAAGAUACAAGUGUUUAUUAACAGCUGUCUACGCAAGAUACUUCGGAUCAGAUGGCCAGACACUAUCAGCAACAAGUUACUGUGGGAGACAACAAACCAGAUUCCAGCAGAGGAAGUAAUCAGGAAGAAGCGCUGGAAGUGGAUAGGACACACCUUGAGGAAAUCACCUAAUUGCGUCACAAGACAAGCCCUCACAUGGAAUCCUGAAGGUCGAAGGAGAAGAGGAAGACCAAAGAACACAUUACGCCGAGAAAUAGAGACAGACAUGAGAAGAAUGAACAAAAACUGAGAAGACUCGGAACACUUGAACAUAACAAAUAUGUAAAUUUCACUUUGCCACAAAAUCCACGAGAUUUAUCAUUCAAUGAGACAAUUCAAACUUUGUCCCAAAUUUUUGGUGAACAAUCCUCAUUAUUCAGCAUCCGUUAUCAGUGUUUUCAAAUAUCUAAAUCCUUAUCUGAUGAUUAUCUCACAUACGCUGGAUAUGUAAAUAAAGAAUGUGAACGUUUUAGAAUAAAUGAAAUUACAGCAGAUCAAUUUAAAUGUCAGAUUUUUAUCUGUGGAUUAAAGAAUUCGGAAGAUAUGGAUGUACGUACCAUAAUUCUAUCACGCAUUGAGCAGGAGCCUAAUAUGACCCUGCAAAUGGUCACAACCGAGUGUCAGCGGUUGUUAAAUCUUAAACAUGAUUCCACGAUGGUACAACAAAAUGCAAAGACUUCCAAUCUUGCAUCAAUAAAUGCAUGCAGAUCUCACAAACCUUCCAAACAAAAGAAGGCGAACACACAGAAACCUUCUGGUAAACCACCAUCACCAUGUUGGUCCUGCGGAUCAUGGCACUUUGUGAAGUUAUGCCCAUUUAAGAACCACAAAUGCCGCCAAUGUCAUCGCAUUGGUCAUAAAGAAGGUUACUGCUCAUCAGAUAAACGUCAGUCCAAACAUCGUGGCGUAAAGGUGAAGCGACAGCCACAGAGUCAAGUCAAAAGCACAUUUGCAACUUUUAAAGUGGGAUUUCAAAGUAAACGGAAGUAUGUGAACUUAUUAGUGAAUGAAAAACCUAUUCGUCUUCAGUUAGACACUGCUUCCGACAUUACACUGAUCUCCAAGAACACAUGGCGUAAGCUAGGGUGCCCACGCAUCCGACCAACAGAGCAUGUUGCUCGAAAUGCUUCAGGCGACAUAGUGAAGCUAACUGGAGAAGUCACCUGUCAUCUAACAAAUCGGCAUGAUUUAGAUCUAUUGGGAUUGGACUGGAUUGAGAAGAUUGAUGUCUUGAAUAGUUUAUUAAAUGAAGUAUGUUCUCAUAAUCCUUGCUCUAAUUCUAUCCAAAAUUCUCAUGAUAUUUCCGAAUCCAAUGCCUCAGUUGUGUUAUGUUCCCCUGAUGUUUAUGAACUAAAUGCUUCCGAUGUAACAUGUUCUCGUAAUAUUUCGGAAUCGAAUUCCUCCGAUUUAAUGUGUUCUCAUAAUGAUGUCAAAUCAAAUACCUCCGAUUUGAUGUGUUCUCAUAAUGAUGCUAAAUCAAAUAACUCCGAUGUAACAUGUUCACAAAAUGUUUCCCCAUCAAAUUCGUCAAACAAAGUAUGCUGCCGUAAUAUCUCAAAAUCUUAUUCAUCUUAUUCCUCUAAAAUGUCGACCAUAUCCCACGUAAAUCAUCUUCGGCAAAAACAUGCAGAUGUAUUCCAAAGCAAACUGGGCUGUUGUAAGUUCACCAAAGUUUUCUUGUCGUUAAAGCAAAAUGCAAAACCUGUCUUCAGACCAAAACGACCAGUACCUUAUGCUGCUCUGUCAGUCGUUGACCAGGAACUUGACAGGUUAGAAGCACUGGGUGUCAUUCAGCCAGUAAAUUACUCACCGUGGGCUGCUCCCAUAGUAGUUGUGAGAAAGGCAAAUGGGACUGUUCGCAUAUGUGCUGAUUUUUCCACUGGUCUAAAUGAUGCUUUAGAGGAUCACACUUAUCCACUUCCCAUACAGGAAGAUUUAUUUAUCAAACUAAAUGGAGGGAAGUAUUUUGCUAAGAUUGACCUUGCUGACGCAUAUCUCCAAAUAGCAGUUGAUCCAGUCUCCCAACCACUACUGACGAUUAACACUCACAGAGGUCUUUAUCAAUAUAAACGUUUGCCUUUUGGUGUGAAACCAGCACCAGCUAUUUUUCAACAAAUUAUGGACACUAUGUUGGCAAAUUUGCCAGGAGUCGCUGUCUAUCUGGAUGACGUUAUCGUUACAGGUUCCAGUAAGUCCGAUUUAUUUGAUCGACUUGAUGCUGUUUUGACCAAAAUAUCUGAGUAUGGAUUUUAUCUAAAAGAAGAGAAGUGUAAAUUUUUCAUGGACUCGGUAAAAUAUCUUGGUUUUGUUUUCGACAAAAGUGGACGACGCCCAGAUCCAGAAAACGUACGAGCUAUCCAAAAUAUGCCUCCACCAUCUAACGUCGCAACUCUACGCUCGUUCCUUGGUCUUAUCAGUUAUUACAGUAACUUUUUACCAGAAUUGCAUCGCCUACGAGCACCCAUGAACCAUCUAUUAUCCAAAAAUGUAAAAUGGAACUGGUCCACUGAGUGUCAAAAGAGUUUUGACAAAGUAAAGUCACUAUUAAUAUCGGAUUUACUUCUUACGUAUUUUGAUCCCUCACUGGAAAUCGUUGUUUCUGAUUAUGGUGUCGGAGCUGUUAUAUCCCACAGGUUUCAAGACGGCACAGAGAAAGCUAUAGCCCAUGCCUCCAGAACGUUGACUUCGGCAGAACGCAAGUACAGCCAAAUUGAGAAAGAAGGAUUGGCACUAGUUUUUGCAGUUAAGAAGUUUCACAAAAUGCUGCAUGGUAGAAAAUUUACCUUAUUUACUGAUCAUAAACCCCUAUUAUCGAUCUUUGGAUCUAAGAAAGGUAUACCAGUUUAUACUGCAAAUCGCCUCCAACGAUGGGCUACAAUGUUGUUGGGUUAUGAUUUCACUAUCAAAUACAAAUCUACCUCUGACUUUGGUCAUGCUGAUGCACUAUCGCGCUUAAUAAGAAAUCAUAAGCUUGAAAAUGAAGAUACUGUCAUUGCUUCUAUAUCAGUGGAAGAAGAUGUAAGCAGCAUGUUGCUCAAUUCAACGCGAAUUCUUCCAGUGACAGCUGCUCGAAUCGCUGAUCACACUCUCCGUGAUCCUAUCUUGAGGCAACUAGCUACAUUUAUCCGGCGUGGUUGGCCCCCACGUAUAACAUCUCAUGAACUAAAACAGUAUUAUCAACGACGCCAAUCUUUAUCCAUCGUAAAUGAUUGUAUUAUGUUCGCUAAUCGCGUAGUAAUUCCAAGUAACCUACGCCCACUCGUUCUGAAACAACUGCACACAGCUCAUCCAGGUAUUGGAAGAAAGUGUGGGGAGUAGUGUAACGUCGUG